ACAGGAAUGUGCUACUGUUUAUUCACAGGAAAGGGGAGUGCCAUGAGAUCUACUGAGGAGACUGUCUGUCUGUGGUUGCAUUUCUACAUUUGUUUGCACCCCUGCUGGGACUGAACUAGUUGGUACAGGCCUAUUGGCCCAUCAGGUAUUGGAUAGUGAUUUUUUUCCCACAGGGUGCACCUGGCACGAGAAUUGAAAGAUAUUGCAGCUCUUGCUCAGAGACGGAGAGAGAGAGUGAAUCUCCAGUUCUCCUCUUCUGUUACUGUCUGCUAUACCAUGGGAUGUAGGCAAAGCUCUGAGGAGAAAGAGGCAGCGCGGCGGUCCCGGAGGAUUGACCGCCACCUGCGCUCUGAGAGUCAGCGACAACGACGUGAGAUCAAGCUCCUACUCCUAGGUACAAGCAACUCUGGCAAGAGUACUAUUGUCAAGCAAAUGAAAAUCAUUCACAGUGGUGGCUUUAACUUGGAGGCUUGCAAGGAAUACAAACCUCUGAUUAUCUAUAAUGCCAUUGACUCCCUCACACGCAUCAUUCGUGCUCUAGCCACCCUUAAGAUAGAGUUCCACAAUCCUGACAGGGCCUAUGAUGCUGUGCAGCUUUUUGCCCUGACUGGCCCAGCUGAAAGCAAAGGUGAGAUUACUCCUGAGCUUCUGGGAGUCAUGAAGCGGCUCUGGGCAGACCCCGGUGUGCAGGAGUGCUUCUGCCGAUCCAAUGAAUACCACCUAGAGGAUAAUGCUGCAUACUAUUUGAAUGACCUAGAAAGGAUUGCGGCACUGGACUACAUCCCUACAGUGGAAGAUAUUCUGCGUUCUCGGGACAUGACCACAGGGAUUGUGGAAAAUAAAUUUACCUUCAAAGAGCUAACUUUCAAAAUGGUGGAUGUGGGUGGACAGAGGUCUGAGCGCAAAAAAUGGAUCCACUGCUUUGAAGGGGUUACAGCAAUAAUUUUUUGCGUGGAGCUGAGUGGAUAUGACUUGAAACUGUAUGAGGAUAACCAGACGAGUCGAAUGGCAGAGAGCCUGCGUCUCUUUGACUCCAUUUGCAACAACAACUGGUUUAUCAACACUUCCCUCAUCCUCUUUCUGAAUAAAAAAGAUCUUCUGGCAGAAAAAAUCCGGCGCAUCCCGCUAACCGUCUGUUUUCCUGAGUACAAGGGCCAAAACACUUACGAGGAGGCAGCAGUCUACAUCCAACGCCAAUUUGAGGACUUGAAUCGCAACAAGGAGACCAAGGAGAUUUACUCGCACUUCACCUGUGCCACUGAUACCAGUAAUAUCCAAUUUGUCUUUGAUGCGGUGACAGAUGUCAUCAUUCAGAACAAUCUCAAAUAUAUUGGCCUCUGCUAAAAAUCCAUGGGCCUCAAUCUGUUUUCCUGAGGUGACACAAAAGGGGCUUACCACCUCCAUUUGUGGUGGAAACAAUGGGGCAGUACUUCGAAGCCCAAGGAGAGGAAGGGGGAAAGCUGAAUUAUGUUCACAGCCCCCCCACAUCCCUCUUAUCCUCGCCACAAACAUUUUUUCAAAAAUACAUGUUUUGCAGGGUGCAAAGGCUCCAAAAAAAAGUUGAAGUGUAACUGUGUGGAAAUGUUAUCACCACAAUCAGCGCUGGCUCAUUCUGUUUGUUUCAUUUCAUUUUCCUCAAAUGGCAGAGCUACCAUAGUCUAUGUAAGAAAUAAUAUUUCAUUCAACUGUCCUAAGAACCAUUUUACUGCGAGGAAGAUGCAGAGCUGUUGAAUGGGAGAUGGGCCUGCCUUGCAGUUUUUUUUUCUAGGAGAAAAGCUAGUUCCAAUCUAAAGGCAACAGAACAGGAGAAUUUCAGUAAAGCCUUCCUUACAGCUGUACAGAAGGAACACGUAUCCAUCAUACUGGCACGCACACACACAUACAGUAUAUACACACACAUCAUGUAUAGAGAUGCACACAACUCGCAGCAUAUACUGUUUACACAUUUCUGCUCUGCUUCAUUAUGUGUCAUGGACAUCCUUCCUGUUAAAGGAAUUGUUGGUACAGAACUGUUCUAUGAUUUCUAGCCUGACCUUUAGCCCUUUCUUCAAAGCUUCAAAAUAUGCAGCAAAAGUACAUGAAUGAAAUAAUUAAUUAAAACUAGGCCAAAUCAAGGUCAGUGUUUCUUCUACUGGUGAGGAAUUUUAUACAUCGAGAGUCUUCUUUACAUCUUUUUUUGCCAAAUCUUGUGGUGUUUCACCAAAAAAAACCAACCAACCCUGAAAGUCGAAAAAAGCGGUGUUCUUUUUUUUAACACAGACACAUACAAGAAAAUUUAAAAAAUCACAAUGUAAUUUUUUAAACUAUCGUUUUAGUGUCCGGAUUGCUGAGUGUGAAAGUUGCCAAUGGACAAUUCUGCUCCAUUGCUCCAAAGAAAUUCUGGGAAAUACAGUGAUAUUGUAACAGCCUUCCCAGGGAGCUGGAGCCAAUGAGACUGUGUAUUAUAUAGCCUCUAAAGUCUUUUUUGUUGUUUUUUAUUUAAAAAAUGUGAUGUAUUAUUAGAAGGUUAACAGAUGAGCGAUAUGAACAAUAACUAAAUGUCUUGAUAUUUGAAUUUAAUAAUUUAAAUUAUUUGCAGUUUAGUGAAAUUAAAGAAACAGAAGAGAUGCAUUCCUCAGUUCCAGGUUUCAUCUCGUACAGAAAUACUACUGGAUAUAGUACUGUUUCAGUGAAAUUAUGGCAUAUUUGAAUGUCAGACGAGCUCUGUGGGACUAUACUGGAAAAUCUCACAUGGAUCAAAUGGGCCUAAAUCUCUGGUCAUUUGAUUCUUUCCCUCCCCACUCCAUAGAAAAGACUUCUUACAGACUUCAGUGUAAAGUCAAUGUGUAAAUAUACAUUCAAGAAUUGUAAAGCACAUUCACACACACUAUGGAAAUUCUCCUCCCUUCCUUUGUUCCCCACAUGUACCCAGAUUAGUGUGAGAAUUCUCAGCCAAGGGCUCUAAGAAAUUUAAAAGAAAAAAAGUUAAUUAAACCAUCAAAGUUAAAGGUUGUCCACAUUAAGAAAAUAAAUAAUCUGAAUGAUA